AUGGAGAAAAUAAUUGGACUCAUGUCCAGAGACGACUGGGUCUACACUGGCCUUCUGCUCUUCUCAUUUGCGGCGUCUUGUUAUGUGCGAAAACUUGGAAACAACAUUUUGGCAUCCGGAGCGCUGGGAUUUGCAAUGGCUCUGUUCAUCAUAGGUCCAAGAAUUGCCUAUUCCCUGGGUAUUUGUGCAAUUGCUGUCGGAAUUCAAGCAUUUGCCCCGAAAAAAAAGGUGCCUUUCUACGUCUUCCUGACAACGUUCACCUAUUUGAUGUUCGUCCGAUUUGCUCAUUAUUUCCUUCCAGUCGUUGAAGUUGCCAGCCAUACUAACGUGAUUCAGCUGAUUAUUACCUUGAGAAUCAUUGGAAUCACAUUUGAAGAAAACGACGCGUGGCUCCACAAGAACGACGAGAACGCCACAAAACGCUACUUAACAAGAAUGCCAACACUUUUGGAAAAGUUCGCCUACUUUUAUCAUUUCUGCGGCUUAUUCACAGGUCCAUACUACACCUAUCAGAUGCUCCUCGAUUCUCAGAACCCCGCAUUGCAGUCUUGGGAUCCAACCCCGGAGGUGACGUCUCGAUUCGUUCGACUUUUGUGGUCGGUACCAGCGUUUGUGAUCACAAAUCACUACUUUCCACUGGAUUCUCUUCGCUCCGAUGCAAUUUGGGAAGUUUCAUUCUUCACUCGCCUUGUCUAUGCGGCGUUGAUCUUUGUCGUGUUCAAAACAAGAGUUUACAGCGCUUGGGCAAUUGCCGAGUCAAUUUGCGUGAUUCUUGGAAUUGGAAUUUACCCAGCUGCAUCUAAUCCAAAAAUAAUUGUGGGACCAACUGAUUUGAAGGUGUUCGAAGGGCUUCGUGAUAAAGAGAACGUGGAGAUGAACAGUGAUGCUAUUGUGAAUUUGGAUAUUCCAAAGGUGGAGUUCUCUGAUGGUUUCCGUGACGGAAUGAAGGCCUGGAAUCGGUCCGUCCAGACUUGGCUGGCUCUUUAUGUACACUCUCGAGUCAAAUUCAUGCGUGUUGAGACGACGAUGUUGGUUUCGGCAAUCUGGCACGGGACCUAUGCCGGAUAUUUCAUGUCUUUCGGAGUGGUGGCGAUGUGCGCAAUUCUAGAGGAUGUCAUUUUCAAACUGGUCCCAGUGAACCCGGAAACUGGCCUCAGACCACAGUGGUUUCGUAUACUAUACACCCACACCAUCCGUUGCCGUGGCUUCGAAAUGCUCGCCACCGGAUUCCUCCUCAAAAAUGCUUCUGACGUCCACCACUUCUGGUCAUCCAUCUACUACUGGUUACCUCUUCUAUGCGUUCCAUUCUACAUCUACAGUGUGAAAACCGCUGCUCCGAAACUUAAACUUGUAGUUUAA